AUGUCAGACUUUCCUACUACUACGAAUUCAACUCCUUCAAUACUUUCAAUUGCUGCUGAAGCUUCAUCAUCAAUUCCUUCUAAUGAUAGUUUUUCUACCAAAGCUCGUAAAAAUGUACUUAUGUAUAAACACAAAUCUCGUGAUCAUUCGUCAAGUUCAUCAACUUCAAGUGAUAGUUCAUCAUCAUCAAAUUCCGUAACAUCACUAUCUAUUCAUCAUAAUGAUGAUGACGAUGCAAGUAGUAUUGAUGAUACAAAUGAUCAAUUAACACAAAUACAAGAACGAAUUCACACAUUAAGACGAUUACGUAUGUUCAUUAAAUACUUUUAGAUAAAUUUCUUUAAAAGUUUUGAUUAUGAUAUAUUUAGUUU